UAGUGUAUAGUUCUGGCAACGAUGCGGAGCGAAUAGAAGCGCUGGCGCUGGCGCUCUGACGUCCGUAAACACCGCACAAAGACUCAUAAGUUGUUUGAUAUGGUGAUGAUAAGUUCGCCCUUACCGAACCAAUGUUUAUUACCCAAUAGAAGUGUUGUAAAUAGCAGUGCUUUCGAUAACUUUUCCUUGAUUCCGCAGUGUUUUUUGACGAUUAAAACGACCGCGACUCCGUAUGUCGGAUUUUGGAACAAUUUCCUCGUCUUCUAUCAAUCGACUGUGCCUCUGCGAAUUAUGGAAACUCGAUUCAAAAGUGGAAACCGCGGAGGCAGCACGUUAAGGAACGGCGGCGCAGGCGCGGGGGUGAUAAACACUGGUGGUGGUGGGGGCACCGGCGGCGGCGGUGUAGGCGUUGGAAGGGCCUGCGAGGAGAGACGCGUCUAUAAGACGACACUGACGCCGACGCCGUGGAAAACGGCCCGUCGUCGGGCUCGUGGAAUGAGCAUGGGGCAGAAAGUGUCAGGUGGAGUUAAAUCUGUAAACAGAGACGCUGCUGCGCCCUACAAACCCGUCAUUCCUAGAGAAUUGGCACAGGACUUUGCUCGACCCCCAAGGCUCGACAUGCUCCUCGAUAUGCCGCCAGCUGUAAGGGAAAUGCAAUUGAAAUAUAGUUGGAACCAAGACGAUCGAUCUCUAAAUAUAUUCGUUAAAGACGACGACCGGCUUACUUUUCACAGACACCCGGUAGCCCAAAGUACUGACUGCAUCCGAGGUAAAGUGGGCUUCACGAAGGGCAUGCACUGUUGGGAGGUGAGCUGGUCGACAAGGCAAAGGGGCACUCACGCCGUCGUCGGCGUCGCCACCGCCGAGGCGCCCCUUCAUUCCGUCGGUUAUCAAAGCUUAGUCGGUAGUACCGACACGUCGUGGGGUUGGGACUUAGGUCGAAAUAAAUUGUACCACGAUUCGAAGAACUAUCCGGGCGUAACUUAUCCGGCUCUAUUGAAACCGGAUGAAACUUUCAUAGUACCAGACAAAUUCCUGGUGGUGUUGGACAUGGAUGAGGGGACGUUGAGUUUCGUUGUGGACGGGCAAUACUUAGGCGUCGCUUUCAGGGGUCUCAAAGGUCGGAAAUUGUAUCCGAUCGUCAGCGCCGUUUGGGGUCAUUGCGAGAUAACCAUGAAAUACGUUGGAGGAUUAGACCCGGAGCCUCUACCUCUGAUGGACCUAUGCAGACGUAUAAUAAGACAACGACUUGGGAAGCAGCUUCUGGAGGAUAAAGUCAUGAAUUUGCAGUUGCCACAAGCGUUACAAACUUACCUGCUUUAUCGUGAUAGAAGAUAAUACCAAAAUAAUACCAAGUAGUGCAGUGAACUGAACAUUAUAUCGCGGAUAUUUUUUUUUUUUAAUUAAUGUUUAAUUUGGAAAACUUCGUUUGCAAUCAAGUUUUAAACUCGUGUACAAACUGAUCUAUAUUAUCUAUAUGCGAAGAGACGACUAGUUUUUUGAAUUUUGAAUUUUUGCAAUUAUUGCUCUGUGAUGUGAUGGUAGUUAAUGUGAACGAAAAGUAAAAAAUGGAAAAAAAAUAUGGACUUGUACUGAACAACUGAAGUUUUUAGUGAUUUUUUUUAGGUUAAUGUAACUCAGGCAUGUAUGAAAAAAAAACUCGUAAUCCAACCAAAAUGAGAUUAUAAUUUUUUUAUCGUUUUAAAAAUGGACAAAAAUAUUGUGUAAAUUUUUUGUCGCCAUAGUUUCUAGAUAAAAAUUAUUCAAUUUAGUACUUACAGAGCUGUUUCUAUUUUUGAACAAAUUAGCGAAUUAAGGAUGUAUUUUUCAAUUUGAUCUCGAAAUCUAUAGGAUAUCCUAGAAUUUGAUUGCAAUUGUAUAAUAGGGUAAAUCUGUAUUUCCACGUUUACAAAUUGAAGAUACUUAUCUUAUUAAAAACGUAUUGAAUUGUGUAGAAAUGUUUUAUAUUAAUUUUAUAUUCUUCCAUGAAUCCAUUAGAAACUGUAGUUAUAUUGAAAAAAAAUGGCUUGUGCCAGAUUAUUAGCCUUGACUUUUCAAUUUUUUUGUGAUCUUAAAUAAUCAAUAGGAUGUCGAUUAGAAAAUAAAGCAUCGAAUUAAUUUACUUUGUAUGAAAUUUGUGACAAUCUUAAUGCAUCUUAUUGAUUUAUACAGGAUGUUGUUAUUCCAAUAUUUACUUUGUUUAUCUUUUUAAUAGUAGGUCGUUUGAAGAGAAGUGUUUUAAAGGAAACUAAUUUGUCCAAAAAAUAAGUACCUUAUGAAAAUAAGUCGGCCACAGCACAAAUAAUGUAAGUUAUUGCAAUGUAAAAUAUCUUAGAUAUUUGCAGGUGACUUAUUGUAAAAAUGUUUGUAAUAGAUUAUUUUUGUAUCUUUACCGUUUAUACUUCUGAUUUUAAAUUCUCGUCUAAUGUGUCGAAUCUCGAAUCUUUUUACUUGUUUAAAAACAUAUUUUCCAACAGUUUUGGUAUUAUAUGAUUUUCAUUCAAAUUAGUUUACUUAUUUUUAUAAUUGAUGUAGAUUUUCCGAACAAUGCAGAAACGGCUCUGUGUGUUUUAAUGGAAAAUACGAUUGCAUUUUUAAUAUUGUAAAUUAUUUUA